CAACCAAACAUGUGCCAGUGCAGCCCACCCUGUGCUGUGGGGCUGGAGGAACGUUCCUCCCAGAGCUGGCCAGAUGCUCGGCCCUGGCUCCAAGCAACACCAGCGGCAGCUGCUCUGCUCUUUCCUUCCAGGUCUCUUUGCCUGUGUGGGCUGCAUGCCCAGAUGGACGCGUCGCAGGGAGAGAGGCAGGGUGUCAAGUCCUGUCCCUGCCUGUGCCGCUACUUUGCUGCUGCAGCGCCUGCAAGACCAGGAGGGUGUCCGAGCGCAGGUGUACUGUGAGCUGGAGAGCGUCCUGUGUGAAGAUGACAGCCGCCUGCCAUNNCGGAGUGGUGAACCGGCUGCUGGCAGAGGUGUCCCAGGACCUGAUGGCGGCCCAGGACGUGACAGACAACGUGAGAACGGCUGCCAGCAAUGUCCUGGUGGCUCUGGCCAGGAUGCACUUCAGCUUGGUAAUGGCCGAGCUUCAGGGCCACCUGAAGGCUGCGGGGGAGAUGACCAAGGAGUUCGUGCUCAUCACCCUGAGCAAACUGUUCAGCACCUACGCUCCACAGUGCAUCCCCUUUGUGUGGCUGACGCUGGCCGGCCUGCGCAGUGUGGUGGGCCAGGUGAGGAGCGGCCAGAUGCUGCGCAUUGCUUGUGCUGUUGUGAAACAAUGGUCAGAUGGAAUCAAGGUUCACUUGUCCUCUGGAAUGCCAUGCCCCUGGCCUGCCGUGGAGAAAGAGCGAAUCUAUGAGAAUCUUCACCAGCUCUUCUUCUCCGUGGUGAGGAACUGGCAGGAUAGCAAGGAGGAAAAGGUGAGCACUGCUGCAUUCCCAGCCUGGGAUGGCAGCAGGGACAUCUGUCUGUGCCCAGCAGGCUGAGAGCAGAGGGGUGAUGAGAAGGAGUGGGCUGGCUCUGCAAAGAGCCCCAAACUGGCUCUGUGUUCGGGGCUGGAUCUCCCUGCCAGGAAGCAGCCGCAUGUCACAGCAUUGUGGCAGGGAGA